CUCUCCCCAGGCAUCUACGUCUGUUCCAAAUGCGGGUACGAGCUGUUCUCCAGCGGAGCGAAAUACCAGCACUCGUCUCCGUGGCCGGCGUUCACGGAAACCCUGCACGCCGACAGCGUGGCCAAGUACGAAGAGCGGCCGGGCGCCCUGAAGGUACUGACGAAAACCUCGAGAAUAAAGUGGCCACGUCGCCGCUUUUCCCCGACUGGGCUCUGUUCCAAGAGUGUCCUGCAUGAGUUCCUCAAUGACGGGCCGAAGAGGGGGCAGUCCCGCUUCUGAAUAUUCAGCAGCUCUCUGAAGUUCAUCGCGAAAGCUGAAGCGGAACAGGACCUGAAGAAAUAAGCGGUCGGCUGGACUCUCUCGCUGCUUAUAGUGGACUCCUACAAGCUACCCAUUGUGUCCAGUGAUAACGGUUUGGGAUCAAGGGCCUGUGCACUCGGAGUGAGGAGCUGGUGACGCAAAGAUCCCCCAGAUUUCUGCAGGACACCCCCCUCAGAGAUCUGCCCUGAGUCUGUGGGGGGGGGUGCUGGGGUGUCAGCUGGGAACGUGCGGCUGGGGGAACGGAAGGGAAAUGCCAUGCUGAUCUCUGAUUGCCCCGGGCGGGUUGUCUCUUCCUUAUGAGGAAUGUCCCACAGAACUUGUGGCAACUUCUGCCUUGCCCCAUCUGGUUGCAGACUUGGGCCUCGUUAGGGCCCUACCCAAUUCACAGUCCAUUUCAUGAGCCUAGGAUUUAAAAAGUUGCAAAUGUCGUGAUUUCAGCUGCAUAAACCUGAAAUGCCCUGGCCCGAACGGGAGGGGGGCCAAGACGAUGGUGGGGACCCUUUCUUCUUGCUUCUGUGCUGCUGCUAGUGCCGGUGCUGCCUUCAGAGCUGGGUGGCUGGGAGCCGCGACGGCUGGCUAGGAGCCCAGCUCUGAAGGCAGAACUACUGCCAGCAGCUGCCCAGACGUCAGGGUGGCAUGAUACGGCAUUGCCACCCUGACGUCUGUGCUGUUGCCUUCAUAGCUGGGUGCCUGGCCAGCAGCUGCCUCUCUCUGACCACUCCCCUCUGAGCGCAGUGCAGAAGUAAGCGUGGCUAUGCCAGGACCUGCCCUGCAGCCCUCUUUUGGGUUGGGAUCCCCAGGUUGAGAAACGCUGGUCCUCCCCGGUGACAUCUGUAUAGUGCAGGGUAAAAGUACACAACAGACCACAUUUCACAGGGGAAGAUAGAUGGCUUGUUCUUGUUUGCAUGGCCAUGAAUCUGUUAGCUCCCUAAGCAUCGGGAAUGUAGGGAAGCAAAUGCCGUAACCCCUCCGUCAUCAGAUCCUACCCCGGCUCUCCCAAAACAUCUCCACCUCUGCCCAAUACCAGCUACUGAAUUCCUUCUCCCCUGUCCAUUAUAAGCAUGCAAGAUGGGUGAAAUCCUGGCUCUGUGGAUGUCAAUAGGAGUUUUUGAAAGGAGCCAUCAUUUCACCCUUUAUAUCCAGACAGAAAUACAGAGCUAAUGGGUGGAGAUUUCUGAUCUCUUAUGCCCAUGCUAAUCCAGAGUCACUCCAUCAAAAUCAGUAGGGGGUGACACUGGAUUUACUUGAGAUUCCACUCUGGCUCCAUUCUCACAUGCUCUCUUCUGGUCUGGGAUCGUAGUAUGAAUUGCCCUAGGUAAACCCUUCCAGGAAGUUUAGGGUAAGGAUGUUUGUAUGACCCUACCAGAGAAGGCUCUGGGUAUUGUAUCUCUUUUGCACAUGAUAGAAAUGAUUUUAGAAGUUGAUUUGGUUUUAUUCUGCCUUUAGCCCAAUUCUGAUCUCGCCGGGCACUGGUUUUAAUUACUGUGUAUCUCUGCUGGCCUGAGCACGGUUAUUCCUGAUUUACGUCAAAGUCAGGGAGCUCAGAAUCGGGCCUGUUCAGCAGCAACUUGCAUAACUCAGGUUUUGGAAAUGAAGAGUGUGAAUUACC